GUAAAAAAAACUUAUUUUCCAUAUAAAAAACAAAUUCCAAAGAAAAAGUAAAGUUAUUGCAGUGUGACAUGUGUGACUUUGUGAGUGGCUUAUCACCUUGUCUAUAAAUUCAAAGAGUGUUCAGUAUAUAAUAAGAGGACACCACGUAGCUGCGUUUGUGAUUCAUUUGCACACUUCUUCUUCUUCUUCCUCAUUUCUCUUCCUCUCCCAUAUUCCAUGGAAUUGCUCUACUUCUUCACCUAUGAGAGUAAUAUAUCCUCAUGUACUCAAAAUACUAAUCAAACUUCAUGCUUCAACACCACCUUUUCUUAAUCCUCCUUCUUCAUCUUCUUCUUCCACUAUUUCAUUUUCCCUAGUCGGUGUAAAUAUCAAAUGGAGGAAGAACGGCGAGUUCUGUUCGGAAAGUACGAGAUGGGAAGGUUAUUAGGCAAAGGAACCUUCGCCAAAGUCUAUUACGGCAAAGAGAUCAUCGGCGGCGAGUGCGUCGCAAUCAAAGUCAUCAACAAGGAUCAAGUAAUGAAGAGACCUGGAAUGAUGGAACAAAUCAAACGCGAGAUUUCAAUCAUGAAGCUCGUUCGUCAUCCCAACAUAGUUGAAUUGAAAGAAGUCAUGGCUACGAAGACCAAGAUCUUCUUCGUCAUGGAGUUCGUUAAAGGCGGCGAGCUUUUCUGCAAAAUCUCUAAAGGUAAGUUACACGAAGACGCUGCUCGUAGAUAUUUCCAGCAAUUGAUCUCAGCCGUUGAUUAUUGCCAUAGUAGAGGCGUUUCUCAUCGCGAUCUGAAACCUGAGAAUCUUCUUUUAGAUGAGAAUGGAGAUUUGAAAAUCUCCGAUUUCGGAUUAUCUGCGUUACCGGAACAGAUUCUUCAAGACGGAUUGCUUCAUACGCAGUGUGGAACUCCGGCGUAUGUUGCGCCGGAGGUAUUAAAGAAGAAAGGAUACGACGGCGCGAAAGCUGAUAUCUGGUCGUGCGGCGUCGUUUUGUAUGUUCUUCUCGCCGGAUGUUUGCCGUUUCAAGAUGAGAAUCUGAUGAAUAUGUAUCGGAAGAUUUUCAGAGCGGAUUUUGAAUUUCCGCCGUGGUUUUCUCCGGAAGCGAGGAGGUUGAUUUCGAAACUCCUCGUUGUAGAUCCAGAUCGACGGAUCUCGAUUCCGGCGAUUAUGAGAACGCCUUGGCUCCGGAAAAACUUCACUCCGCCGUUAGCUUUCAAAAUCGACGAACCGAUUUGUUCUCAAAGCAGCAAAAACAACGAAGAAGAAGAAGAAGACGGAGAUUGUGAAAAUCAAACAGAGCCGAUAUCGCCGAAAUUCUUCAACGCUUUCGAAUUCAUAUCCUCGAUGUCUUCCGGAUUUGACUUAUCGAGCUUGUUCGAGAGCAAGAGGAAAGUGCAAUCGGUGUUUACGUCACGGUCGUCGGCGACGGAGGUAAUGGAGAAGAUAGAAACGGUUACGAAGGAGAUGAACAUGAAAGUGAAGAGAACGAAGGAUUUUAAAGUGAAGAUGGAAGGGAAAACGGAAGGGAGAAAAGGACGGUUGUCGAUGACGGCGGAAGUGUUUGAAGUAGCGCCGGAGAUAUCGGUGGUGGAGUUUUGCAAAUCGGCGGGAGAUACUUUGGAGUACGAUAGGUUAUACGAAGAAGAAGUACGGCCGGCGUUAAACGACAUCGUCUGGUCAUGGCACGGUGAUAAUAAUAACACUUCUUCCGAGGAUUGUUGAAUCAGUAGUUUUUGGUUCUGAUUUAACCGGUUAUCGGUUAACGUAGUAUAACUAAGAACUGUUACAUUGAACCCAAAUUUUCUUUGGUUUAAUAAAAUUUUGGUUUUACUUCUUUUUCUUUGGUAAGGAUUUUGAUUUUGCUUCUAAUUGAACCUAAUUGUGUUGUUUUUAGGUACAAAUGAAUAAAUAAUUUGGGUUCAGAUUAAAUUAAUCGACAAUUAAGGGUAUGUUAAGUCGAAAACGAAAAUGACUAUGAGUCGGGUUGUGGUUUAGAAGACCGACACGUGUGGUUUCUCAGAGACUUCGAAAAGAUUCACCUUCUGUUAUGAAGUCAAAUCAUUUGAAUUUUGAAGUUCAAAUAGUUAGUGGAGAGGACAAAGUCACAACAAAUUAAUUUAUUUAUGGGAUCCGACGACUUUUUUUCAUUAGUUUUCUUCUACAUGUCCAACUUUGAAUUGUAGCUGGGCAUGAUCGUAAGAUAGAAGAUUAGAUGUGAUUGAUGGGAUGAAGAUAAUGCUAAUCUGAAUUUUCUGCAUAAAU